AUGAUUCCUUGUCAAACUACUGAGCCCCUACACAACGAUGCCCCUGUCGACUUGUCCGACCGCAAGUCGAAGGCAGGUGUCGUACCCCGCCAUCACGUGACGGUGCCGUGUGUCCAGGAGAGUCCGUCAAAAGCUGACGUCACAGAGAUCCCCACAGAUGUGACAGGUCUCCCACCAAGAGACCGACACCGUCCCCGAUCCCGACCUCCACUACCAGAGCGUACGGUGCCCGCUAAGCCGCCGACGCGCCCGUCCCCUAAGACUUUCUAUCAUCCCGAUUUUCCGGCUCUGGUCCUGGUAUCCGGAACCGACGCGCACAUGGCACGGUCUUCGUCACGGGAGUCUGGUCACUCUCUUCCUCCCGCCUAUUCCUUUGUUGACGGACUAGGGGAUAACCGAUUCCUCGCUCCCGACCCUCGACAAACAUCUACUCAAUCACUGACACCGUCCUUCGUUGGCGCAGAUGAUACUGAGACAAGGCGGACUUUGCUUGUGGUUUACAUCCAUGGCUUUUACGGCAACGACCAGUCGUUUCAGUCCUUCCCUGCUCAUGUACACAAUUACCUCAAGAAUGAGCUGAGUGACAACUAUGUCAUUCACUCCAAGAUAUAUCCCCGGUAUAAGACAUACAAGGCUAUUACGCUUGCCAGAGACAACUUUAGCUCAUGGCUGCAACCACACGAGAGUCCUACAACCGACAUUGUUCUCGUUGGCCACUCCAUGGGAGGAUUACUGGCCGCUGAUGUUGCUCUGAUGCCCAAUCGUGACCCUUACUCGUCGCAUCCUCUGAAACAUCGUCUCUUGGGGACCAUCUCUCUUGAUUCCCCUUUCUUGGGGCUUCAUCCAGGUAUCAUCGUUUCGGGCAUCAGCAGUCUUUUCCGGUCCAACCCCAGCCCCCCCGAAACCCCCGAACCGGGAGCGGGACCCUCCACAACAUUGAGUCCCAUACUUUCUGGAACAGCAAGUCCUGAACCCUCUCAAUAUGGUUCCACGACAUCGAUCAACCAGAUUUCUUCCAUUGACAACAGCUCCACAACGUCGAUCUCACCCCAGCCUUCAAAUGACCCCUUCUUCAACCCGUCCUACUUUAACGACGUCCCCUUCAGAGAACAGCCCUUCAAGAAGCGACUGCUACAUUUUGUCAAGAAGCAUUCGUCCGAAGGCGUAAUCGGCGCAGCCAGAAACCAUGUUCUCUCCCAUCUUGAAUACGGCGGCUGCCUUGCAGACUAUCCCACUCUCAACUCACGCUACAGCAGGAUCCGCGCCCUCGAAGACGUUGACGAACUCCACUCGCUCCGUCAGCAGAGCCAUGGACCUGCUGCGUCGCAAAAUCAACCCGUUGCACGUGUUCGUUUUGUGAAUUAUUAUACUAUUAGCACUGGCAGGCCCAAAAGGGUCAAGUCGAGGUCCCACGGCCCAUCGCGCAGCCGUUCACCAGAGCCCGACACGACAACUGACCAUCUGGAGGCUGGAUCGAUGGAAGAUCGCGGUUCCUUGGUAUCGCCUUUAAUGUCUGCCUCGGUAGGCGAUGUGGCCACGCCUGGCAUACGGCUUGCUGAGCCUAGCGGUGUCGAGGAGAAGCUUCUCUCUCCUACCGAAGCUGCUGCAGCACAGGACAACCUGCCACCGGCGGCUUCAAUGCAGCAUAUUGACCCGUUUCCAGAAUCAUCCGAGGUCGGCGACAGCGAGCAUGUUGUUCAUGUCAGUUCCAGCUUGAGCCAGCACCACAAUGACAGCACAGCAGACCUGCCAGCUGUUCCUGAUCUGCCUCCUAGACCGGUGACGCCAGACCUAGAUGCCUGUCCAGAUAAGGAUUCUCGACGCCAGGCAGAGAAAGAAGCCAAGCGCGACCUGAAAACCUACGAGCAGGCCGUGAAGAAUCGCGAGAAGGCCAUCAAGGAGCGCCAGAAAUUGGCGGACAAGCGGCGGAAGAAGGCUGAGAAGGACACCCAGAAGUCAGAGAAGGAGGCUGGAAAAGCGCAAGCCAAGUCCCACACCAGGGAACAGGCACAGCGUGAGGCAGAGGCCGAACAGAGGCGACAGGAGGCCGAGCAGCGGGCGAAAGAGGCAGCCGACAGAGAACGCGAGGCAGCGGAAAGAGAUGGGCGGCCGAUGCCUGCUCAUGAAGCGCAACAACAACAGCAGCAGCAGCAGCCAUCCAAUGAGCAAUGCCAAGCAGACACCGAUAACACGGACCGAGGUCGAGAAGGAAGUCCAUCACGAGGCCGCACAACAACAGCGGAGAGGGAGGCCCGCGCUAUCGAGGCGAAAAAGCCGGCGAAAGAGCGCAAGUUUUGUGUGCUGCCGCGUCGAGUCGGCGAGGGAAAGGACGACACGUGGGUAUCAAUCUUCAUGGAGGGUGUGGAUGAGGUAGGCGCUCAUUGCGGUCUUUUCUUCCCAGGCACUCACUACGAGGGCUUGGUCGGUAACGUUGGACAAAGGGUGGUGGAGUGGGCUCAAGAGAGCCUUUCGAACAGGGCCAUUCUCGAGCUGGCGCAGACCACUGAUGAUUUGCGACUUGACUGA